CCUUGUGCUGCAUCUCUUCAGUGACUGCCAGUUUAUAUUUGCUUUUUUUUCUUUUACAGAUCACAUCUAAAGUCACUGAAACUCCAAGGCUGGAAAGUGUUAUGACUUUGCUUCUUCCCCAGCUCCUGCCCUAGCUUAUUCAGUGACUGAGCCACAGGAGGUGGAACAUGGCUGGACAAAUAUCAGAGGCUGAUCAGAUCAAGCAGUUCAAGGAGUUUCUUGGCACAUACAAUAAACUUACAGAAAAUUGCUUUGUGGAUUGCAUAAAGGAUUUCACUAGCAGAGAUGUGAAACCAGAAGAGAUAACUUGCUCAGAAAACUGCCUGCAGAAGUAUCUGAAGAUGACCCAGAGGAUCUCCAUGAGAUUCCAGGAGUACCACAUCCAGCAGAACGAGGCUCUGGCAGCCAAGGCAGGACUGCUCAGCCAACCUCGCUAGAGCAGAGCUCUGUGCUCAGACCUAAGCUGUGCCAAGAACACACUGGGGGAUUCCUGCUGUCAGGAUGUGUGUCCAGCAGCUCAGAGCAGAGCUGUGGGUGCUGCUCAGGCAGUGGGAGCAGAAGGGUUAAACAGGAGCUCAGUCCUGCUGGCCUGGCAGUGAAGUUUGUUUCCACAAGGGAAUGAUGCACAUACAACUUUUCCCAGGGCCUGGUAUCUGAAUUUCAGGGGUGGUGGGAGGGCUCACCUGCCUUUUGCUGAGACUGGUUGAGAUGAAUCAAUGUAACUUGGGGAAUACUUUUUUAUUUAAUUCAAAUAAAAUCAGCUGGAGCCAUAUACAGCUGUGUGUUCUUUCCAAAGAGCCAUUUUUGGGACAUCUGAAAGCAGCCUUUUGUUUGCUGGGGGCUCUGUGCUCAGCUGCUCCAGAGCUCUGCUCAUUCACUGCUGCUGAGGAGCUGACAGAGGCCAGAGGGAGCUCAGGCAGGGGUGCCCCAGAUUAUCCUUGGUCACUGACAGGGGACAGGGGGACAUGAGCAGCACUUGUGCCUGGGGCAGCUCCUGUGCAGCCCUUGGGGUCCUCCCAGCCCGGCCUCCUGGCCUGACACCCUCCAGGCACUGAGCUUGCUGCAGUUUGCACACAAUUCACAGAAUCACUGGGUUGGAGGAGACCUUAAAGAUCAUCAAAUCCAACCCAUGCCCCAACACCUCAACUAAAGCCUGGCACCCAGUGCCACAUCCAGGCUUUGUUAAACACCUCCUUUCUCCUGUGAAUGCCAGCAGGAAAUCCAGGCUCUGCACAGCACAGGGUCUGUCCUGCUGCUGCAGGAGCCCACAGAGAGGUUUGGAAGGCAGCUGGAUUGGGUUACAAACACAGCAGUGCUUUGGAAGGAUCCUGACAGCUGCAAUCCUGCAGUCAGGGCAAUAGUGCAGUGGAAUGACAGCAGGCACCUUGUGCUUCAGGUCUCACAAAAUCCAGGGACAACGGGGACUGAACAUCAGGAGCAGGUGAUGAGGAGUGAACCAGAGCUAUUCCACGUCAGCUGCCAGGUUCUGUUUUUGAUAGAGAGGCAACAGCAAGGAACAGAAAGCAGGAGGAGUUUUUUGUUGUUACCUUCUCUACCUUUCUAUUUCCAGCAGAGCUUGAGUAACUCAGCUGUGGAUUCCUGGCCCCUGAGGGCAGCACAGUGCCCUGCCACCUGCACCAAGCACUGCUCUGUGUGCUGCAGCUCUGCCUGGAGCCCUGCUCCUGGGCUUGCCAAGGUGCAAGGAGCCAGUGGGGCCUCCAGCCCCACAUCCCUGUUUGUACCCCUGCUCCUGGGCUUGCCAAGGUGCAAGGAGCCAGUGGGGCCUCCAGCCUCACAUCUCUCUGUUUGUACCACAGCCCCUUCCUUCCUCCUGUGCCUCGUUACCCUGGAGAUGGAUGAGAGCUCACUGAAACAGUGAAGGCUGAAAAUGAGCCCAAAUAAGGCAGCAAGUCUGCAGUGUCCUGUUUUUUCAAGGGAAUAUCAAGCUAAAAAUGUCCACGUUGUUUGCUACAAUCAGGCCACAAAUGCUGCAGCUAAAUUGAAUCAAUACAUGCAUAGUAAAGACUUGAAGGCUUUCCUUGAAGCAGCUCUCUUUCUGUUAAACAUUUGAAAAUAAUCCAUGAUUGAGAUUUUCCACUGGAUCUUCAUGUGCAAAGAGGUGCUCAGAAAACUGCCUGAAGAGAAAAGUGGAGGAUUUUCAUGUCUUCUGAACAAAGCACCUUGGGGCUGAAGUGAAGGGAGUUAAAAAAAUAAUGGCUUUCUCUCAUUUCUGUAUUUGGAGCUAAGAAAAUAUUUAAAUAUUAGGACAGAUUUCUUUUAAAAAAGGUAAAGCAAGUUUUAGAGGGACUUAGUUAAUAAAUUACCCACUUUCAGGUUUGGAUAAUCAAUUUUGUCAAAGCUCUUUCUGUACAAAAAUCUUGUGGUCUUUCACAUCCAGGUGACAGGUUGCAUACAGACAAUACAAAUACAUUUGAGCUUGGAAAUAAAAUGCAUCCAUAUAACUAAAGCAUCCAGGUGAUACAAAUAAAUACUAUAAAAUCGGAUAAAAAUGGUUUUACUCUGGAUCCUUACAAAGACAACAGCAUUUUCUUAAAUCCAUUAAGGGCUGUGAGGAGGAGGUGAAUCACCUUGCUGAGGCACAGGAGGUGCAGGAAGGGAUCCCACUCUGAUGGGAGAAGGAGCAAAGGGUGAAGAAUGGGAAGCUGCUGAGGGAGGAGUACUGAGAAAGCUGGAAAGGAAAAAGUGAGCCCAAGUG